CCCCGCGGGGCCGCUCCGCCGCCGGCUGCGGGCAGGGGGGCCCGGCCGGUGCAGCAGCGGCAGCCGCCGCCGGCUGCCCCUCCGCGGGGCGGGGAGCGGGGGCCGCCGCCCGCCGUGGAUUUCGGGGACGCGCGGGAGGCGUUCCGCAGCAAGAGCAGCGCGGAGCUGCUCCGCGGGCUGCUGGUGCUGGGGCUCUGCGCCGUCGAGCCGCUGGUGGAGCACAACCGGCAGCUGCUGCAGGUGUGCCAGCGGGUUCUGGGGCAGGCGCUGUUCGAGCGGCUGAUGAAGAUGACCUUCUACGGGCAGUUCGUGGCCGGGGAGGACCAGGAGGCCAUCAAACCGCUCAUCCGGCGGAACCAGGCCUUCGGCGUGGGCGCCGUGCUGGAUUACAGCGUGGAGGAGGACCUGAGCUCCGAGGAAGCCGAGCGCAAGGAGCUGGACUCCUGCACCUCCGCAGCCGAGAAGGAGACGGGAGGAGCAGAGCGAAGGGAGAAGCAAUACCGAGCCCAUCGGGGCUUUGGGGAUCGCCGCGGCGGGGUCAUCAGCGCCCGCACGUAUUUCUAUGCUGACGAGGCCAAGUGUGACCAGCACAUGGAGACUUUCCUCCGCUGCAUCGACGCCUCAAGUGGCAGCUCGGUGGACGGCUUCUCGGCCAUCAAGCUGACGGCGCUGGGCAGACCUCAGUUCCUGCUGCAGUUCUCGGAGGUGCUGGUGAAGUGGCGGAGAUUCUUCAACCAAAUGGCCGCGGAGCAGGGCCAGGCUGGGCGGGCAGCACUGGAGAUGAAGCUGGAGGCGGAGAAGCUGCAGGAGGCCCUGGCCAACCUCGGCGUCGCGACCAAGGCGGAGAGCCAGCACUGGUUCACGGGCGAGAACCUGGGUGUGAGCGGCACUGUGGACCUGCUGGACUGGAACAGCCUGAUUGACAGCCGCACCAAGCUCUCCAAGCUGCUGCUCGUCCCCAACAUGCAGACUGGGCAGCUGGAGCCUCUGCUCUCGCGCUUCACUGAGGAGGAGGAUCUGCAGAUGAAGCGGAUGCUGCAGCGGAUGGACACCCUUGCCAAGAGAGCCACGGAGAAGGGCGUGAGGCUGAUGGUGGAUGCAGAGCAGAGCUACUUCCAGCCGGCCAUCAGCCGCCUCACCCUGGAGAUGCAGCGCCGCUUCAACAGGGAACGGGCGAUCAUCUUCAACACCUACCAGUGCUACCUGAAGGAGGCUUAUGACAAUGUGACGGUGGAUGUGGAGCUGUCACGCCGGGAGGGCUGGCACUUUGGUGCUAAGCUGGUCCGUGGGGCCUACAUGGAGCAGGAGAGAGAGAGGGCGGCCCAGAUUGGCUAUGAGGAUCCCAUCAACCCCACCUACGAGAAGACCAACGAGAUGUACCACAGGUGCCUGGACUACAUCCUGGAGGAGAUCAAGCACAGCCGGAAAGCCAACGUGAUGGUGGCAUCUCACAAUGAGGACACGGUGAAGUUCACCCUGCGCAGGAUGAUGGAGCUUGGGAUCCAUCCCUCGGAGAAGAAGGUGUGCUUUGGGCAGCUGCUGGGCAUGUGUGACCAGAUCACCUUCCCUCUGGGUCAGGCCGGUUUCCCUGUCUACAAGUACGUGCCCUACGGCCCGGUGAACGAGGUGCUGCCCUACCUGUCCCGGCGGGCGCAGGAGAACCGGGGCUUCAUGCAGAGGGCGAACCGGGAGCGGGACCUUCUCUGGAGGGAGUUCAAGAGGCGGCUCCUCGCGGGCAGCUUCUUCAGCCCCAACCACUAACCCCAACCGUGGCAUCCAGCCCGGGCUCUCUUGUGCCUUCACCUGUAACCACUAUUCCCCGUCCAAGUUCUGCUGCAGUUUUCCCCCCCCCCACCCCCGGCCAGCACCCUUUGCCCUGGGGAGGGGGGGGACGUGUCCUUGCUGCUUUUUGAACCACAGCCGCCUUCUGGAGGUCGCCGCUGUAGGGCUGCCCCCAGGGAUGUCCCUCUGCCAUCCCAGGGGGCUCUGGAGCUGCGCUUGCCUGGGCUGCCUCAGGGGAGACGUCAGCCCCCCUGCCUCGGUGAACGCUCCCCCGGGGUUUUCCCCUUUGGGGAUCGCACAGGGAGUUUUGGCCGCCUGCUUCGUGCCACGGGCUCGGGUCCAGGGUGGGCUGGGUGGCUCGGGGACAAGCCGGCCUCGGCCAGGGGCUUGGUCUCUUCCAGCUCCCUGGAGGCAGAUGCAGAAGCAGAGGGCAGAGCGAGCGGGGGCAGGAUGAGUCCCUGCUGCCUGUCCCAGGGCGGCCGCUACCUGGCUGCUCACCAGCUUUGCACAGACGGGGCAGGACCAGGUUCUCCCCCCCCACAUCCCCCUGGGGCUGAGCAGAGCCAAGCCGGGGCUGGCCGGUCCUCAGGCCCACAUCCAGCGGGGCAGGAGGGGCGAGGGGAGCUGGCUGGCCCAUCCCUGCCCUGCUCUUGCCCUGCCUGCGGGCCCUGGCUCCCCAGCAGGACCGGGUCUGCGCGGUGGGCAGGGGUGGUGGCCCCGCGGGAGCCCCAGGAGCCGGCCUGCGGCUCAGCUCUGCCGUACACUGGAUUUGCAGAGAAUGGUGAUGAUUAAAUCACGACUGUUCUUG